AUGUUAGUUCAUAUGUCGUCUUUAUUCACUGUCACCACACCUGCUAGCUUCCACAUCAACUCCAUUCACAGGUACCAUAUCACUGGUAGUUCCCAUGUCACCUUUAUUCUCAGGUACCAUAUCACUGGUAGUUCCCAUGUCACCUUUAUUCUCAGUUCCACUGUCACCUUCACUCCCAAGUACCAUACAGCUGUUAGUUCCCAUGUCACCUUCACUCCCAAGUACCAUACAGCUGUUAGUUCCCGUGACACCUUCACUCCCAAGUACCAUACAGCUGUUAGUUCCCGUGACACCUUCACUCACAAGUACCAUACAGCUGUUAGUUCCCAUGACACCUUCACUCCCAAGUACCAUACAGCUGUCACUUACCAAGGCUUCAUCCACAGGUACCAGAUCAUUGGGAAGUACGAAACGCUUGCCGAGGACUCCGAGUACAUCCUAAGAAAAGUGGGAGCGUCUCCGGAUCUUCACUUUCCCGAAAUUAUUCCAUCAAAGACGACGGCCGUUGUCGAGUCCUAUUUUGACAUGCUUUCGGACGAGCAGCAGCGUAACCUUAUUGAAAUAUAUCGGGACGAUUUUGAAUUGUUUGGCUAUCAUCAUAGGAACCUUAUUUAGAUCAUCAAUAUAUGUAUACAUGCUCUAAAGUAAUACAAUAUUAUGAGAAACCUUAAGAUGGCUUCAUAUAGUCAUUAUUUGAAUAAAGAUUCAUAUGUAAA